AUGAUUUUUACGCCUCGUUUGCUUUCCAUGGGCGCAUGGGCAGCGGUUGUCCUCCAAGCAGCCGCCGUCCCCCAUGGCCCAUCCUACUACAAAAGAGAAGAGGAAGCCUGUGGCCCAAUCGCAAAGUACACGGCGAACCCUAGCAUUGAGAAAUGGAACCAGGCAAAUACAGACGCCUGGCUUGAUCAAUGGUGGACUGUGAACGCCAACAACCGGACGACAAACGGGUUUGCCAAUGCUUUUGGCCAGUACGCACUGGGCCAGCCCGGCUGGUCGUGCCAGAACAACGGCAACGACGGCAACUGCGAUAUUCCAGUUUGUGGCAAUGCCCAGCUCAACUCUCUCGGCAACAACACCGAAGAGGCGUACUAUGUGCUGCAGUCGCUCAACAACCUACACGGCUUCUUCGUCGGUCUGGACGAGUCGUUCAAUAUCCCUGCCAUUGUCGCGGCCAUGGAUAACGAUGAGAUCGUGAAUAACUUUUGGUAUGACGAGAAUAACUGGGAUCCAACGAUCCUGAAGCAGCUUCUGAACGUACUCUCCGCUGUGGUUGCCGUGGUUGCCGGUGCUUUUGCUGCGCCUGCUCUCGCGGCAGCUGUGGCAGCUGCUGUCCCCGGCAUCCUGGGAGCAGGCUCAGCCAUGGUUACCGGUGGAGUGAAUGCAGCCGGUAAUGCUCUUUCUUCGGCAGACUCGAGCGAUGUCACACAGGCUAACCUCGGCCAUAUGAUGGCGGAGGCAGUGAGAUCUAUCUCUGGCUCAUUUAUUAACAUGAACAACGAGCUGAUGUACGGCAAUGGCUACGGAAGUUCUAGCGCUGAUGUUCGCACGUACCUCAAGGGCGGAUCCUGGGUCCACUACCAAGGACUGCAGAAGAACGGAGCUAAGGAUGUGAUGAUCAAUGUGAUGCAGUCGAUGAUGAUCAACUCUCUGUGGCGCAUGCAGCGUGUGUUCAUUCUUGGCGGUGGCGCCUGCGGCGACGGCCAGGGCAUCGGCUCAGGUAUAUCCGCACCCGACGACAAUUAUAUCUGCGACGAGAAUGGCAAGGCCUGGUACCUAUACUUCUGGCAGAAACAGGCCGGCAUUGCGGGGGAUGCCCCGAGAGGAUGGAUUUCUCGGCCCUGGGGAUCCGAUCGCAUGGGCCCCAAUCCUCGGUACGAGGCAGAGGGCGGCUCCGGUUCAUUUUGGAAGAAUCUUAAGCCACAGGACGCCAUCAAGUCCUCUCUCAAGUCCUUCCGAGCUGCUGGAAACAACUAUACCCCGGAGACCUUUACCAAUCGCGCGGCCGAGCUGUUCGCUGAUAGCACUAAAAUUCACGACGAAGGUGUGAACAUGGAAGGUCUCUGGACCAUUCCCGUGUGUGACAUCGGUCAAACUACAAGCCCCGACUGGAAAUAUAGCCUGAAGUCGUCCAUCCUUCGUACGUAUGGGUGGGGCCAUCAUCCAAGCUGGUGCGGACCGAUCUGUGAAAACGAUCCGGUCAAGACGGCGGACUUCUACAAGGCGGCCAACUUCAAGGAUGGCAAUGCCAAGUUAUUUCAGUUCAUGUGUGGGAACAAAAUCGACCCUGUUAACACUUGGUGGGAUUGGACUACCGGCGAGACGAAGAAUGGCGUGUAG